UGCAUGUCUUAAUACAAUGUAAAUAGCAUACAGAACACAAUUUUGCUCCGAUUUUAUCAUGAUUAUCAGAAAAAGGAGAGUUUUUGCCGUUGCUUUGAUAGUGAUAUGGCUUUUAGGAAUACUGUAUUUCACAUCGGAUUCGGGGUUAUUACGGAGCGAGCCGCCAAAGUAUAUUCACAAAGAAGUAGGAGUGGAAAGACCAGCCUUUGAUGAAGAGGCUUAUCUUAAAGGUGGAGCACUGAAGGAUGGAGAAGAUAAAUAUGAUAGGAAUCAAUUUAAUCAAGCUGCAAGUGAUGCUAUUGGGGGAGAUAGAACAGUUCCAGAUACUAGACAUUCACAAUGUAGAUAUAAAGAAUAUUCUAAAGAACUACCUGCAACAACUGUUAUAAUAACAUUUCACAAUGAGGGAAGAUCAACCCUUCUUAGAACUGUUAAAAGUAUAUUAAAUAAGAGUCCACCAAGCCUCAUCGCAGAAAUAAUAUUAGUUGAUGACUUCAGUGACAAUGUUGAUGAUGGUCAGCUCUUGUUAGGGCUUCCAAAGGUCAAAGUUCUUAGAAAUGACAAAAGAGAAGGGUUAAUACGAUCUCGUGUUAAAGGAGCAAAUGCUGCCACCAGCACUAUAUUAACAUUUCUUGACAGCCACUGUGAGUGUAAUGUUGGCUGGUUAGAGCCUCUAUUACAGAGAAUUGUAGAGGAUAGAACUGUUGUAGUUAGUCCAAUUAUUGACGUAAUCAACAUGGAUGAUUUUAAUUACCUUGGAGCUUCAGCAGACAUUAAGGGAGGAUUUGAUUGGAGUCUACAUUUUAAGUGGGACAGCUUAACAACGAAAGAGAAACAAGCGAGAAAAAAAAAUCCAGUGGCACCAAUUAGAACACCGAUGAUAGCUGGUGGCUUAUUUGUGGUGGAGAAAGCCUGGUUCGAGAAAUUAGGGCAGUAUGACGUCAUGAUGGACAUCUGGGGCGGAGAAAACUUUGAAAUCUCCUUCAGGACAUGGCAAUGUGGAGGAAGCAUGGAAAUCAUUCCUUGUUCAAGAGUUGGUCACGUGUUUAGAAAAAGACAUCCCUAUUCAUUUCCUGAUGGAAAUGCCAACACUUACAUGAAGAAUACCCGCCGAACGGCUGAGGUUUGGAUGGACGAGUACAAGAGAUUCUAUUAUGCUGCACGUCCCAUGGCGCGGAGUGCCAAUUAUGGAAGUGUGAAAUCAAGAAAAGAGCUGCGGGAACGUCUAAAAUGCAAGCCAUUUAAGUGGUAUUUGGAGACUGUUUAUCCAGAUCUUCAAGUCCCUGAUUCAAAGGAUGUGUCCUUCGGGGAGUUGAAGCAAGGCAAGAAAUGUCUGGAUACACUUGGUAGCCAGGCCGGUGGCUCUAUCGGCCUAUUCGAUUGUCACGGACAGGCAGGAAAUCAGGAGUGGGCUCUCACAAAAACAAGUUUAGUACGUCACCACGACAUGUGUUUGACGCUCAAAGACUCUUCGCCUGGAAGGCCAGUUGUAAUAGAAGGCUGUCGAGAUACUGACAACGAACAGAUGUGGGAACACACCCCUAAACGCACUCUGCGCCACAGACAGUCUGGCUUGUGCCUGGACAGCAAAGACGUCAAGAGUGGUCAACACGUGACCGUAGAUAACUGUGACAUCGACAAGUAUUCCCAAAUAUGGCAAUUCUCUCUUAACAUGAACAAUUAACUCUAAUUUCUUUCUAUGAAGUAAUUUUUUUACGACUAAAAAACAAAAUAGUAGACAGCAGUAAAUAUUUUAUAGUAUCUGGCUUCUGAUAAUUUUGUACAAGAGUAAAAAAAAAAAAAAGUCUGCCAAUUUUACUUUGAUUCCAGACACUUUUGAUUAUUAACAACU